ACUAAAACACGAUUAUCGAACUGCUGUUUCCUUUUCCUCCCACCAUCUUUGUUAGUUUCUUUCUUUCGCUUGUCAGACUUGCCUGAUAAGAACUCUCAAAAUGCAGUUGUUCAUCUCAGGAUUGACACCCUCGGUGUUAGACGUUGAUGGGCAGGAGACGAUAGCCCAGAUUAAGAACCGCCUUCGUAGUGCGGACCAUGAAAGUGAAGAGUUAAUGACAGUGUGGGUCAAUGGUGUUGCUGUAGAAGAUACAUGCUUGGCGUCAGAAUUGGCUUCCAACCAGCUUGAUAUAACAAUAUCUCUUCCUGGUGGUAAAGUGCACGGUUCCCUGGCUCGUGCUGGUAAAGUCAAAGGUCAGACCCCCAAGGUAGAGAAACAACAAAAGAAGAAGAAGAAGACUGGCCGUGCUAAGCGUAGGAUCCAGUACAACAGACGAUUUGUCAACGUUGUGCAGACAUUCGGACGCAGACGCGGACCUAACUCCAACUCUUAGACAUGUUUUGUAAAUAAUAUGCAAAUAUAACAUCUUUUUGCGCCAAUA